AUGGCUGCUUUCGCCCCCAAUUCGGCCCUUGUCUUCAGCGGCCGUGGUGCCACUGGCGCUCGCUCCCUGAGCUCCAGGUCCAUCGCCAAGCCCGUGGCUAUUAACGAUCAGUCCCGCGCCCGCAAGGUCAAUGUUGGCGUUCGUGCCGCAACUGGGAGCAUCCGCGAGCAGGCCGGCCGUCGUGCUCCUCUCGAGAAGAGCACACUUUUCAACUGCAAGUACGUGCCCUUUUCUGGCGAUCAGAACGAGGAGUACUCCAUCGACGACGUCAUCUACCGGAGCAAGAACGGCGGUCUCCUCGAUGUCCAGCACGACAUGGAGGCCCUUGCCAUCUACCCUCCUGAGUACUGGAAGGCUCUCUUUGACGAGCGCGUCGGCAAGACCGUCUGGCCUUACGGCUCCGGCGUGUGGAGCAAGAAGGAGUGGGUCCUCCCCGGAAUUUCGGACGACGACAUCGUCUCCAUGUUCGAGGGCAACUCCAACCUCUUCUGGGCCGACCGCUACGGCCGCGAGGUGCUCGGCAUGAAUGACCUGUGGGUGAAGCAGUGCGGCAACAGCCACACCGGCUCUUUCAAGGAUCUCGGUAUGACCGCGCUCGUGUCCCAGGUGAACAGGAUGAGGAAACAGGGUAAGCCGCUAGCGGCCGUCGGAUGCGCGUCCACUGGUGACACCUCCGCCGCCCUUUCCGCGUACGCGGCGGCUGCGGGCAUCCCAUCCAUCGUGUUCCUCCCCGCAGACAAGAUCUCCCUGGCGCAGCUCGUGCAGCCCAUUGCUAACGGAUCCCUCGUGCUGUCCAUUGACACCGACUUCGACGGCUGCAUGCGCCUUAUUCGCGAGGUGACCGCGGAGCUCCCCAUCUACCUGGCUAACUCCCUGAACUCCCUCCGCCUUGAGGGACAGAAGACCGCCGCAAUCGAGAUCCUCCAGCAGUUUGACUGGCAGGUUCCCGACUACGUCAUCAUCCCCGGUGGAAACCUUGGAAAUGUUUACGCUUUCUUCAAGGGAUUCAAAAUGUGCAAGGACCUCGGGCUUGUGGACAAGCUUCCCAGGAUGGUGGUGGCACAGGCGCACAACGCAAACCCCCUGUACCGCGCGUACAAGACCGGGUUCGAGAAGUUCGAGGCGAUCAAGGCUGAGCCCACCUUUGCCUCCGCCAUCCAGAUUGGCGAUCCUGUGUCCAUCGACCGCGCCGUCUACGCGCUGAAGGAGACGAACGGAAUCGUGGAGGAGGCGACCGAGGAGGAGCUUAUGGACGCCGCUGCUGAGGCUGACCUCACGGGCAUGUUCAACUGCCCCCACACUGGUGUUGCCCUGGCGGCGCUCAAGAAGCUCAGGGAGGCUCAGACUAUCGGCCCCAGCGAUAAGGUCGUGGUGGUGAGCACCGCGCACGGUCUGAAGUUCGCGCAGAGUAAGGUCGCUUACCACGCUGGUGAGAUUGAAGGUAUCGUUGGCAAGUUCGCCAACCCUCCGGUGGAGGUGAAGGAGGAUUUCGGCUUGGUCAUGGAUGUCCUCAAGGAGCGCCUAGUUCAGUAAUUGUUCGGAUGCGUGGUGUCGAUUUGUCGUGAGCAAAUGCUCGCAUGUACAGCCUUGAUCCCUAGAAGAACAAUUAGAAAAACUAAUACGUCUUUGGUUC